AUUGACAUCUCGUUACUAAUCUUACGGAACCUUGACCCCUUCACCGAUUCUGAUACUGAUUGUUGUCUCCCUGGUGGCUUAAUAUUGUUGUCCGAGGUCGGCCAAUCAUCCAGGGCAUAUGAACCACUCCGCAGACAGGUACGUACCCUCGAACAAAGACUGAGUCAAUAGCAUCUCGAAAGGUAGAGUCAGAGGUUUAACAAAGAAAGUGCAGGAUUGCAACUUCUAUAUAGUUUCCCUGUGGUUCGCCUCAUCUCCCAGCUCACCAUCUAGCACCUUCGCUCUACUUCCAGUGGCUUCUCCUUCUCAUCGUUGCUCAGAAAACAUGGCAUCUCAAGCACAAGAGGCCCUCCCGCCCGUCAACAUCAAGCCGCUUCUGACCAAGCUCUGGCCUACCGACACCAAUGUCAGUCCGCAGGAGAUUGCCGAGGCCAUCUCGCACUUCUUCACCAACCAGGUGACAGAGGCGCAGACGGCCUCGCUCCUCAUGGCCCUGCACUUCACAAGGCUAGACUUCAGGGCUGAUGUCCUGGCCGAGUGUGCCCGGGUCAUGCGCCAAGCGGCUGCCCCUAUCCCCGUCGAGCAACUCCUGGAAGUCAUUGAGCGAAGGGGGAGAAAGGAAGGCAACUACAGAGGUGGUCUGUGUGACAUUGUUGGGACUGGUGGUGACGGUCACAACACGUUCAACAUCAGCACCACGUCUUCCAUCAUUGCCUCGGCACUUCUCAUGGUGUCCAAGCAUGGAAACAAGGCCAGCACCUCCAAGUCUGGAAGCGCCGACCUGGUCAACUGCAUGCAGCCCAAGCCUCCCAUCAUCAGCGCCGUCCGGCCGGACACACUGGUCAAGGCGUACUCGGCCACCAACUACACCUUCCUGUUCGCCCCAGUGUUCCACACGGGCAUGCGUUACGUCGCGCCUGUUCGCAAGCAACUCCCUUGGAGGACCGUCUUCAACAACCUUGGGCCCCUGGCCAACCCCGUCGAGGAUGUCCUCGAGGCUCGCGUCAUCGGCGUCGGCCGAAGAGACCUGGGCCCGGCCUUUGCGGAGGCAUUGUGCAUGGCCGGCUUCAAAAAGGCCCUCAUCAUCUGCGGUGAGGAGGAGCUCGACGAGGUCAGCUGUGCCGGCAACACUCUUUGCUGGAUGGUUAAAGAGACGAGCGAGGGCAAGCUCGAGGUUGAGCAUUUCAAGGUGCAUCCCAGCGACUUUGGUCUGAGCACCCACUCCUUGGACACAGUGUCGGGAGGCAAGGAGCCCGAAGAGAAUGCAGAGAUCCUCUCCAAGAUCCUACACGACGAGCUGCCGGAUGAUGCUCCACUCCUCGAGUUCAUCCUGAUCAACACUGCAGCCCUGCUGGUCACCUCGGGCAUCUGCGAGGCCGACACCAGCGACAUGGGGCCUGGCGACGACGGCCAGGUCAUCAAGGAGCGAGGUCCCGGAGGGCAGCGCUGGAAGGAGGGUGUCAGAAGAGCUCGCUGGGCUCUCAAGAGCGGCGAGGCCUGGAAGCAGUGGGAGAAGUUUGUCGAGGUCACGAACGAGAUUGGCGCCUAA